AUGACCAGUGCAGAUGAGAGCAAGCCGGUACAACCCGCCCUUCAGGCACAAUAUACCAACGCCUCGACGACGUUGCCAGCAGAGCCCUUUACACUGACACAGACGCUACCUGCCAUCCCAUCGUCCUCGUCCUCGUCGGAGCCGCCAUCCGCCUAUCUUCGCGCCCUACGUGAUGCCGUGACCCAGACACAGAGCCAGAUCAACGAGGCCCUGACCUCGCGAAUGGAGGACGACAAGCGGCGCGAGGCCGAGGCUGCCCUAGCCGCCGGCCAAGGCACUGGAGCUGGGGCCAAAAACAACAAGCGCAAGAAGGGCAAGACCGAGAUUGACGAGGAGGCAGAGGAGCAGAACUACGGAGAAGAGGUUGUCGAUGAAGAUUGA